CCAAAACGCUAAUCUGAGGAUGAGGAUGAUGAGGAGGAUGAGGAUUAGGAGGCAUUGAACGGGACAGCCGGCGACGUCAGCGAUCGAUUCUCUGUAGCUGGUUUAUGAUGUGAGACGAACGGCUGCACUUUGUAGAGACAGCGGGGACGAGGACCUGCAUCUCAGCGCGGGAAAAAAAAUAAAAUAAAAUAAAAUAAAAUAAAAAUCCCGGUAAAGACGCCGCGCGCUUGCGACAAUAAGCUUAAGGAUCCGUUUAUAUGUAAUAUUAACGUUAAUGCAUUCAUGCACGCGCUGAUUUGUCUUCAAGCUCUCAUCGAAGACUGAAGCAUGCGCCAGUUCGCGCUGGACGUCGGGACGUUCGUGACUCUGUGCACGGUGUGCGUGUGCGACGCGUCGCGCGGCUGCGGGGAGAUACAGUGCGGCGCGCGAGCCAACGGCAGCGCCACGUCGGCUGGCUGCUGCGAUUUACCGCUGCGCACUUUCGCCGAGCACGCGAGCUGGCUGGCUCGGAAGCUGUCCGGGCUGCUUAUCCUGCUCGCCCUUUUCGCCGUGGGCUACUUCGUGCAGCGGCUCGUGUGCCCGCGUCACCGCCGUCGCGGCCGCGCGCCACCGGAGCCCGAGUCGCUGUUAGGGGCGCGCGCCACCGCGUCGCAGGACACGUUGCUGGAGCGCUUCGAGGACGGCGGAGGAAUGGACGGAGUGGACGGCUUCACAUCGCCCGUGCUGCAGCCGCCAGCCUACGACGAGGUGAAAGACCUGCCUACGUACGAGGAGAGUGUGCGCGCGGCCGGGGGGAGCGUCAGGCCGGCGGCAGCGGGGCGCGAGAGACCGGAAGCCAGCCGGAUUUUCAGAAACUCUGUUUGACGGGCAUUUUCCU